AUGACGACGGCGCGCGCGCGUCACGAGCUGUGCGCAGUGUUCAAGUACGCGCCGCCGCACACCGUGGCCGAGCUGUCGUCGGAGGCGGCCUACAAGGCAUGCGACCUCGGCAGCGAGCUGUUUUUGGACAACAGCGCCGGCACCGGCUUCACGUUCCACGAGGCUGGCACCUGCAGACCACCACGCCCACCGCCGUCGCACUGCGCCCGGGGCCAGAAGGUGGCCAUCACGGUGUCGGGCUCCGGCGUGCAGAGCCCGGCGAAGCCAGAGGGGAACUCGGCGGUGCCGAUGGCCGGCGCGGCCGGGUUCGCGGCGAAGCUGGCGCUCGGCCUCGCCGUCGGAGGAGCCCUGCUCGCUGCCUUCUGA